UCGUAAAGGAUAAGGAAGAUGUGAUGAUGGAGUUCCUAUCUGGGUUCCAAAGCAAGCUUGAAAUUGGAAUCUUCAAUCUUCAAUACAAUAACAACAUCAUGCAAUUGCAAAUGGGUGUUUAUACACACACUUUAAUAUCUCAUCGCUUCUCAUCAUCAUACCAACCCUCCUUUCCUUUUUCUUCCUAUUCCCCCUUCAAACUUUUCUGUUCCAACUUCAAGGAAUCACAACGAAACGAUGAUAACAAUAACAAGGGUGAUAAAUCUUCAACAGACUGGGACAAGGCAUGGACAAGCUUCAAGAAGCAAGGGAGAAAAAGACCCUUCUCUAAAUUUUCUCCAGAUAAGUAUGUGAGCUGGAAUCCUAGGCGAUCAGAGUUUCCACUGUCUGAGGAGGUUGAUCCUAUUAAGAGAACAGAGAGAUCAAACCUCAUGUUCUGGAAUAGUCCCACUUUCACUCUAGGGGGUGCAAUUAUAAUUGUCACAUUUCUUUUGUUGUACACCAUUCUUGCACCAAUCAAGUGAGUCUCUUUAAAAACAAUAAAAGUGAAAAAUAUUGUUUCACGGAAAUGUAAAUUCUUUACUAAU